CUGCUUCUCUUCUGGACCCUGAACUAUGGAUUUCACAAACAAGUACACUACCGCUUACAUAGGCGUAUUCACUUAUGUUAUGUGGUAUGCCGUCAAUGAAACCAACAAGCUGUUGCUAGACGAAACUACUGCUUACUACGAUGUCGACUUCAAAGGAUUCGAUGCAUCAAACCCACCUUUCACUGCGUGGGGAGAAGGCAUAAGAGGCUUUUAUCCAAUCUUAGCAUUUAUCAAGGCUGCUCAAGCUCUCUCUUUCCUGUUAGUCACUGUGUGCAUGAUGGGACACUUGAAUGUAAACUACAAGGCUUUGCAGGCGGUUGUGGUUGCCAAGUUCGGACUCGAUCUCUGGUGUAUAUGGGAACUGACACAAACGUUGCUGUCCUGGCCAUCAUUCAACGAGUCAACUCUUGAGCUUUUGUCGAAGUUAGCUGUCCCCCGGUUCUACUUUACAGCUGGUUUAAGCGUCCCUCUGUUCGCUUUGCUGUUUGGAAGAGAAAUCGUCAGCUUAUCCCAACAAUUUUACACAAAUCUACAGAUCAGGAGAGGCAAGAUAGCGCCAGAGGAGCAGGAGAAGAAAGAUCAAUAGUGGUUAUUUGCUGAGGAGUAAAUGCCAUUCUCUGUCAGACAAAAAGUAAUAGCGUCAAUUAUCAAAACCAAAAAAGAAAGACACUUGGGUUUCGAGAUAUCAUUUUUCAGGUGCAAUACCUCACUUACUAUCAUCUUCACAUAAUACUUUUUAUUCCUCGUUGGAAUUACUUCCU